AUGCCUCACUCUCCAAAGCGUCUACGCCUUGCAUUUGAGCCAGACUUUCAAACCCAAAUUGAGAUACGAGGCCUAGAAGUGGCAGAUGUUCUCAUAGCUGAGGACAAGGAGGAGACUUCCUCUGUUUCCUCUUGCUCUUUCAACUUCUCCUACCCCUCCACUUCCUCCUCCCCGCCUUCCUCUCCUGUGAUUCCACUCUCCCCAGAGAAGGAGGAAGAGGAGCCUGCUGCAACACUGAGUCCUCCCCAGAGUCCUCAGAGCUCCUUCUGCUCCUUCUCUGCAUCAUGGAACACAUCAGAGGAAGUCACCAAUAGCCAAGAAGAAGAGGAUACAGGUUCUCUGAAGACCUCAACAGACAAUGAAUCUUUGCCCAGAGACCCACUAGAUGAGGGGGUGGCUGAUUUGGUGCAUUUCAUGAUCCUCAAGUAUCGAUUGAAGGAGCCCAUCACAAAGGCAGAGAUGCUGAAGGUUGUCGUCGAAAAAUAUAAGGAACAAUUCCCUGUGAUCUUCAAGAAAGCUUCUAAGUGUUUGGAGGUGAUCUCUGGCAUUGAUGUAAAGGAAGUGGACCCCACCACCCACUCCUAUGUCCUUGUCAACUCACUGGACCUCACCCAUGAUGAGAUGCUUAGUGACAACCAGAGCAUGCCUAAAAAUGGUCUCCUGAUAAUCAUCCUGGGUGUGAUCUUCAUAGAGGGCAAUUGUGCCCCUGAGGAAGACAUCUGGGAUUUCCUGAAUAUGAUGGGAGUAUAUGCUGGGAGGGAGCAUUUCAUUUAUGGGGAACCCAGGAAGCUCAUCACCACAGAUUGGGUGCAGGAGAAUUACCUGGAGUAUCGGCAGGUGCUUAACAGCCAUCCUCCACGCUAUGAAUUCCUGUGGGGUCCCAGGGCUCAUGCUGAAACCAGUAAGAUGAAAGUUCUGGAGUUUUUGGCUAAGAUCAAAGGGACUGACCCCAUUUCUUUCUCAUGCUGGUAUGAGGAGGCUUUAAGAGAUGAGGAAGGGAGGGCCCAGGCCAGAACUGAUUCUGUAGAUAAUACUGCUACCACGUUCAUUGCACAGCAUUGGUCAGCAGCUUCUUCUGCCCCAACUGAAGAGUGA